UCAUGCAACGUCUCAUGGUACCUCUCUCUGGAAACAGGGGCUCACAGAUUCACCUGUUUGCUGUCUGUUGCUGCUGUGGGGGCAAACACAGGUGGGUGCCAGCCAGGUGAACGUUGCGGUAUUUACAGACUGGCAUUGAUUUACGCGCUGACUGCAGUUCUGUUUAAUUUACUGAAAAAUCCCACAAGCUGCAUAUCCUGGACACUGAGGGCUAUAGGUCUGUAAACAGUGAAACCAAUGGCUUUGGCUCUGAAAAGUCACAUGGUGGCAGAGGGACACACCUGUGUGCAGCUGUAAGGGCCUCGCAAUUGCGCCAGAGACCGGUAGAGCAGAAGGUCCACGCCGAGGCAGGGCGCAGGUACGGUACAUGUGCGGGUCCGCGGAAGCCAUGAAUCGGGAAGAUCAUUUUUAUCCUUCUCAGGUUUUUAAAGACUCCUGUGCCUACCAGAGAGCAAACGGGGAGGACUACAGCCACAGCCCACCGCCCUGCCUCUACAUGAGCAGGCAGGUCCACUCCGUCUACACACCGCCGUGCAUUGGAGCCUUGGAGCAGGCCAGCCUUCCUGACAUCGCCCCCUCUUACAGUCUACCCAUGCGGGAAGAUCCAGGUGUGCCUCAGCAGCUCCACCAUCCUCAGGGGCUCCAGCAGCAACCUCUCCCGCCUGCUGCAGGCUAUGGAGACACGGGGGAACAGAGCACAUAUCAUCUCCCUUUCCCCUGGAUGAAAACCACAAAAUCUCACUCACACACCUGGAAGGGACAGUGGGCAGGCCCCUACGUGAUAGCGGAGUCAGAGGAAAAUAAACGCACGAGGACUGCCUACACGCGAGCCCAGCUGCUGGAGCUGGAGAAGGAGUUCCUGUUCAACCGCUACAUCUCGAGGCCGCGCCGCGUGGAGCUGGCGCUGACCCUCAGCCUCACCGAGCGCCACAUCAAGAUCUGGUUCCAGAACCGGCGCAUGAAGUGGAAGAAGGAGGAGGACCGGAGGAGGGCGAGGGGGGCUGACCCGGACCAAGACUCCUCCAUCAGCUCUGGGGACCAGGGGGAAGCCCCGGGAGGGGUCACCUCAACGAACGGAGCUCACACCACCUCGCCCCCCGUUUCCCCGCCAGGUCACGCCCUCUCCGCACCUAAGGCCAGGGAGCUCGCAUAGACCCGCAGCAGGUUCUGAGACUGGGACUUCAUAAACUCAUAUUGCAGCGAUCUUUUCGGUCGGUUUCGAUGGAAACAACUAUAAAUAAACUACAAAUUCACAUUUCAAGGCAAUCUCAUUUGAGGGGAUUCAUGCUUCUUUUGUUUUUUUUAGGAAUCCUUAGAUUCAUAAUUAGGGGGAUAUUGGAGAGUGACAGUUAUGAGUCUCAGAGUUAUGGCAUGUAAAUAAUAAUAAGUGCUCCUUAACCAGGAAUCCCCUUGAAGGGACCUCUUCCUCAUGGAUGUCCUACUGCCACUGUCAUUUACUGGACUGAAGGGACAUUUCUUUACCCCCCCCCCCCCC